AUGUCUCUACUCAGAGUUUUGGGGACACAAGGAUAUGUUGCUGGAGAAUAUGCAUUAACAGGACACUUGACUACCAAAUCAGAUGUUUACAGUUAUGGGGUUGUCCUCUUAGAGUUGUUGACGGGCAGAGUUCCAGUUGAUAUGAAGAGAUCUCCUGGAGACGGUGUUCUUGUUUCUUGGGCAUUGCCCCGUCUCACUGAUUGGGAAAAAGUUGUAGAGAUAAUGGAUCCAGCGCUGGAGGGUCAGUAUUCGAUGAAAGAAGUUAUUCAAGUUGCUGCUAUUGCGGCAAUGUGUGUACAACCGGAGGCUGAUUACAGGCCACUGAUGGCCAAUAUUGUGCAGUCUUUGGUUCCAGUGGUGAAACAACCACGUCCAGCGCUGAAGGCUGGUAGAUGCUCUAGCUUUCACGCCACACAGUCCCCCAUUGCUACACAAUCUCCCAAGACUUAA